CCGCUCUGCACUACACAUUGGACAUAUAUAGAGAAGCCUGGCCGGUUCAUCUUUUCACAUCCUAACUGAGGCCAUGAAUACCUGCGCUUGGGGCCGCCUCUAUUGUCUGACGAGUGGCGCCGAGCUUCGUUCCUCACGCUCACGGCAAAGGUGUCAAAUACUCUACUGUCCCCCAACUUGAACCGAUCUAUGAGCGAGUAAUUCGCGCCCUCAAAGUCGAUUAUCCCCCAUGCUGACCCACGGCCUCCGUCGUCACACACCCAAUCCGGGUGCAUAUGGCUUUGGGUGGCGUGCCCGGAAACAGAAUAUUAAAUAAAAGGUGGGUUGGCUGCGCAGAUUGCAGGCUCGUUGGACCAGCUGCCCUGCAGGCGGGCACGUAUCAGAUAUCCGCCCCUAAUUACGGACAGGCCGCGAUCCACUUGUACACGAUCGGCCAAGUACUGGACGCCAGCCGACUGGAGCAUGAAAGUCGGGGUAGGUAUCUAUUCGUUCCUCGGCUCCCAUUAUUGAUUGCGUUGGUCGAAUAGUCCAUGAAAUCCCGAGGUAUAUUAGUCCGCCCAAAUUCCUGCAGGCCGUUCACUCUGGAACCAACUCACCACUUGUUCCAGCUCGAAAUCCUAUCUUUCCCCCCCCCCCCUCCCUUUCUUCCCAUCCAGAACAUCCCUUGAACCGAUCCCUUCCAAAGUUGCAGGAAAUAUCUGCUCGCGAACAGCUGGAAGACGUCAGGAGCGGCGCUUAAUGAUCAGUGAGCUACACCAGGGACCAUGGGCCCAUUCGCCGUGUGGAUCGCAGCACAGUGGCGACUUCUGACCGUGUAAUGACCGUCGUCUGGGACCAUUUCUGGGGUUGCGUGAUGAGACGCAUCGAUUUGUUCACCCUGCUCGCUGAACUUGGCAUGCUUUCCUGACCAAGGAUAGAAACCAUGACGGUAGCGUCGCACUAGAAUUUAGUGUUGCUCACGGGGCCGUUAUGGCCGAUUUCUGGGCUCUCUAGUCGCUCUUCUGGUCUGUCAAGUGGCACUGAAGUACCACCCACGUUCGACCCGACCGAUCUACGAGCGAGUAGUUCACACAAAUUCACUCGAGCUCGUACGCCGCUGGUAUUCG